AGGGACUUGACUCUCCUCUUAGUGCUCUGCCAAACCUCUGUCUCUCUGCUCUCCCUUUUCUCUGUGAAUUCUAUCCUUUCAGAGGAAACAAGACUAGCCAUGUCGUCCAUGAAAACUGUUAGCGUGAAAACUUUCAGGUCCAGCUAUGGAGGAAGCGGUGGUGGAGGUGGUGGUGGUGGUGGUUUCAGCGGUAGUAGUUUUGUCGGCGGUGGAGGUUUCAGCAGUGGCAGCCGUGGAGGAGGAGGAUCAUUUUCCACAAAAUCUGCCAUUCUGCUCAGGCCGUCAUACUCAAUAUCAUCCAGCUCUGCUGGUGGCUCAAUGCAAAGGUUAAGCAUGGGCGGUGGUGGUGGUGGUGGUUACGGUGGUGGCAGUGCUUUCGGUGGUGGUGGUGGUUACGGUGGUGGCAGUGCUUUCGGUGGUGGUGGUGGUGGUGGUGGUGGUUCAGGUUUUGGUGGUGGUUUCGGUGGUGGUGCUGGUUUUGGUGGUGGUUUUGGUGGUGGUGCCGGAGGUAUGGCAUCGCUUCCGAUCACAAACGUUCAAGUCAACCAGAGCCUGCUGGCCCCCCUGAACAUUGACAUCGACCCCAACAUUCAGACUGUCCGUACCCAAGAGAAAGAGCAGAUCAAGACUCUGAACAACCGCUUUGCUAGCUUCAUUGACAAGGUUCGCUUCCUGGAGCAGCAGAACAAAAUGCUGGAGACCAAGUGGAGCCUGUUGCAGGACCAGACGACCACCCGCUCCAACAUCGAUGCCAUGUUUGAGGCUUACAUCGCCAACCUGCGCAGACAGCUGGAUGGGCUCGGCAAUGAGAAAAUGAAACUGGAGGGAGAGCUGAGGAACAUGCAGGGACUGGUAGAGGACUUCAAGAACAAAUAUGAAGAUGAAAUCAACAAGCGUGCUGGUGUAGAGAAUGAGUUUGUGCUCCUCAAGAAGGAUGUAGAUGGUGCGUACAUGAACAAGGUUGAGCUGGAGGCCAAGGUUGAUGCCCUUCAGGAUGAAAUUAACUUCCUCAGAGCUGUCUAUGAAGCGGAACUGCGUGAGCUCCAGGGACAGAUCAAGGACACCUCAGUCAUUGUGGAGAUGGACAACAGUCGCAACCUGGACAUGGACUCCAUUGUGGCUGAAGUCAAGGCUCAGUAUGAGGAUAUUGCCAAACGCAGCCGUGCUGAUGCUGAAUCAUGGUAUCAGCAGAAGUUCCAGGAAAUGCAGACCAGUGCAGGACAGGCUGGAGAUGACCUUCGCAACACAAAGAGUGAGAUUGCUGAGCUCAACCGCAUGAUUAGCCGCCUCCAGAAUGAGAUUGAGGCAGUCAAGGGACAGCGUGCCAACUUGGAGGCCCAGAUAGCUGAGGCUGAGGAACGCGGUGAGAUGGCUGUGAAAGAUGCCAAGGCCCGCAUCAAGGAUCUGGAAGAAGCCCUGCAGAGGGCCAAACAGGACAUGGCCCGCCAGGUCCGCGAGUACCAGGAGCUCAUGAAUGUCAAGUUAGCUCUGGACAUUGAGAUUGCCACCUACAAGAAGCUUCUGGAAGGAGAGGAAUCCAGAAUUGCUUCUGGUGGUGGAGCUACAACCAUCCACGUACAGAGCACAAGCAGUAGCUACGGUGGUGGAGGAGGUGGCGGCGGCAUGGGCGGCGGCUAUGGCGGCGGAAUGGGCGGCGGCUAUGGCGGCGGCAUGGGCGGAGGCUAUGGCGGCGGCAUGGGCGGAGGCUAUGGCGGCGGCAUGGGCGGCGGCAUGGGCAGUAGCAGUGGCGGUGGAUACGGCGGAAUGGGUGGCAUGAGCAUGUCCAUGAGUGGCGGCGGAGGCAUUAGCACAAAAAUGAGCAGCAGCAGCAGCAGCCUCCGCUCAUCCCGGCGUAACUAAAAAUGUUUCUCUCCAUUUUUUUUCUACUCUCAUUUUGUUCUCCUCUUCUUGUCCCGGCUACCACUCACAAAAGCUUCCAUAAAUCCCGCCACUUCUCUUCCCGCAGACAGAGCAGCCUCAGAAACGUUUGCAUUUUACCAUUUACAUCAAAAUACAAGUAGAGGUAGAGAGAUUAUUAGACCAAGAUCAAUGAGCAGCAGAGAUGUGAGUCAGUCCUCUCUCCCUUUGAUCAGUCAGCCUGGCUGUCUUGUUGGAUGUGCUGUCACGCAGACAAGAGGAUACUUGUAGUGUCAUGACAGAGAAUCCUUACAAAGCUACAAUCAUUGUACACAAAGUGACGAGCAAUUUUUAGAUUUGCACAGAAAGAUGUUGUGGUUGCUCUUGAAUUUAUAAAGCAAGCACCCCGUACAGUGUCACACCUAUGAGUCUUCUGUAGUGUCUCUUCUGUUGUCUCAAAUCUGUCAUCUUGUGCAUUUUGACAUCAUCAAAAGCAGCCACAUAUAACACUUGAUUUUUGGGAUCCUCUUUUUCUUCUCCUGUUCUGAGAGAAAAUGAGCUCUCCACUACAGUAUACAAAUGGUAUUUUGGUCCUGCUUUACUUCCAUUUCCACUUUGAAUAAAAAAGAAAGGCUGACUGGGACAACCAGAUUUAUUGUGAAUUUCAAGUCUGGAAUAAAUCUGAUUACUUAAUAA